AUGCAAACGACUAGUUUUAUCACUAUUAGCGCUGCCAUUCUCUUUCUCCCAGCCGCCUUUGGUGAUAUUGGAACUACUUAUGAAUGCACUGGUGCUACCUUCUCAUCUCGGAGAGAAUUGAAAAAUGCUCAGCAGGUGUGCAUCAAUAAUCUAAAUAAGGGUGUACAAAUGCAGAAUAAAGUGGGAGGCAGUAGAAAAGACUCAAAAUAUCAUGUUGUACUAACUCCCCAUGAAGGAUUAAAAUCGCCAAUUAAGCAAAAAGAUAAGUUGGAAUAUAUUGCUGAAUAUCAGAAGUCCGACUGUAAACUUAUCCAUGUUUUCGAAAUCAAAAUGGGAAUUCGCAAAAACUGCGUACAAAAUCUUGAUCAAUUCUCCCAGGGAAAAAUUCAAGGAAAUUUAAAAUCACACGAAGCCAACAGGCAGAACUUAAUUCCCUGCGGCGAUUAUGUAAUGGAACUUUCAUACUUAAAUAGGGCAGCCAAUUCGGGCUGUGCAGCUCUUCAAAGAAUGCAGAUAGGUCAUCAUGUGCCGCAUCUCAAAAAAUCACUUAUCACGAAAUUUCCAGAUUCCAAUAAAUUCUACAGAUCUGGAACUUUGUAUGAAUGGCCUUUUCAUCCAGACGGCCAUUUACAAAAGACGGAUGAAACUCCAGGUAGAUAUCGCAUCAUCAUCAACUCAGAAUGCAGCAUUGUUGGCUUUCGUGUUCUGCGACACUUGGAUGGAUCCAUCAAAAAGAAUGAACUAAUUUGCACCUUGAUCAUACCUCAUGCUGACUCAAAUAUUCGUCAGAAGCACAUUAGACGUUAA